UAAAAUCAUUGGUUAUUAUUCGUUAAAUUUUGUUUGUUUCAGCAUUCGAUUUUAAUCCUUUCGUUUUUAAUUUAAAAAAAAUAAAUAAAAUGCCUUCAUCAACUGCAACAACGGUUAUUCAACCAUCCAAAGAUGAUCUACUCAAACAAUUUGUAAAUAUUCAAAUCGACAAUGAACAUCAUAUUGUUCGGAAUGUUGCACCGAAAAAAACAAAUCAUAAAUUUCAAACAAUUGCCGAAAAUUUAGCUGUUUAUAUGGAACAAAUGGCUAAAACGGAUACUAUUGGAUUGAUUGAUGCUGAACGUAAUAUGGAAAAAUUAUCCUAUAAAGAUUGGUAUGAUCAAUCAAAACGUUUUGCAUCAUCAUUGAUUAAUGAACAUGAUCUAAUUAAAGAAGAUAUGAUUGUAUUUUAUAGCGACAAUUCAAUCGAUUAUGCUGUCAGUAUGAUUGGUGCAAUAUUUACUGGAUGUACAUUUACACCAAUCGUUGCAGCCAAUGGAAAAUUUGAACUUUCACAUCAGAUGAAAGAUUCACGAGGUUCCAUAUUGGUUAUUGAUUGUAAACAAAAAUUGGCUGUAUUAGAAAGUGCUUUACAAAAUGAAAAAUAUCGACAAGAUAUUCUUGAACAUCUACGAUUGAUCGUCUUAAUGAAUGAACAUGAUAUUAGCGAUGAAAUCACUACAAUCAUUGGGAAUAUUGAAACAAUUUUAAAGAGUAGCAAAUGUAAAAUUGAUCAUUAUCAACGAAUGAUAAAUAGUGGUGGUAAUAUCACAAAAAUACCACAUUUUACCAUUGAUAAAGAUGAUCAUUUCAUUAUCAUUUAUACAUCUGGUACUACGGGUAUAUCUAAAGGUGCAAUACAUUCAAAUCAUUCAAUUUUGUCUUCAAUUGGAUUUCAGAUGAACGAUGAAAAUGUUAAUAAUGAAAACCAAAUGAAUCAAAGAUAUCAAAUACUUUGGUAUCCAUUAAGUCAUGCAUCUGGUUCGUUUAUUUUACUUUCAAACACAAUGAAUGGCAGAACAAGUAUAUUAUUUAUUAAUAAUCGAUUGGAACGAUUGCUACAAUUUACCGCUGAAAAUCGAUUAUCCUUUUUACCAUUAUCACCUAAACAUGCAACUCAAAUGGCUCAAAAUGAUUAUCAGAAACAAUUCGAUCUAAGUUCAUUGAAAUUGUUAAUAUGUGGUGGGGCAAAAAUUCCUUUGAAAAUAAUUGAAAAUGUACAGAAAAAAUAUCAUAUUCUAUUCAUUGAUGGUUAUGGUUCGACGGAAUUUUUAGCUGGAUUGUUUAAUUUAGAAUUUAUGUUCGGUCGUAUGCCUAAACCUGGAUCUGUAGGUAGACCAUCACCGGGUGUUGAAAUGAAAAUUAUCGAUUUGGAAACCGGUGUUGCAUUGCCGGCUGAAAAACAGGGUGAAAUUUUGUUACGUGGUCCACAUAGAUUUGUUGGUUAUCUACGAAAUGACGAAGCAACACGAACUUCAAUUGAUUCGGAUGGCUGGUAUCAUACCGGUGAUAUUGGCUAUUAUGAUGAUGAAGGUUAUCUUUAUAUUGUUGAUCGUAUUAAAGAACUUAUUAAAUUUCGUGAAUGGAGUGUGAUUCCAGCUGAAAUUGAAGCAUUCAUCCUUCAGAAUCCUGCCGUUGAUAGUGUUUGUGUUGUGGGUGUUCCACAUACUGUCGAUGGCUAUCAUGUUCGAGCUUAUAUAAAAAUUCGUGAUGGAUAUCAACAAUCGUUGACCGAGAAAGAAAUUAUCGAUUCAGUACAUGAUAAUAUGGGAUUUCAGAAACGUUUACGUGGUGGUGUAAAGUUCAUUGAACAUAUUCCACGUACAUCAAUCGAUAAAGUUGAUCGAAAAUAUUUUCGAACAUUAGUUAAAAAUGAAUUAUUAACUGAAACGGUUGAAUAGAUUUUUAAAAUAAAUUUUUAUUGUUUAAAUUAAAA